GUUCUCCGCCCCCAGCCUCCCCAGCUGAGUGGAGGAGUUGAUGUGUCUCAUUAGAACAGCCGGUGCGGCCGCCAUCCGCGCUCGGGCGAGGAGCAUGUCCCAGUUAAAUACGCCCUCGCAGCCCCGGCGCCCUUAGCCGACCAGGGCGCGCAGCCCGCACGCUCGCCGGCUCCGGGCGCGCGGCUCCGGGCGUGGACGUCCGCGCAGGCUGGGCUGCGUGCUCCACGGGAGGAUCCGAGGCGCGGAGGAUCGCGAUCCGACUCCCGGGCCGGGGUGGGCGGCGGGGAGGCUGGGCCCGGGGCCGCUGGCGCGCGACCCCCGCAUGAGGACGCCCGCCGAGUAGACCGAGGGCGAACUGCCGCGGGAGAAGCUUCGGGGCGGUGCGGGUCCGCUUCCCCGGCGAAGAAGUAGACAUGGCCAGCGACUCGCCGGCUCGCAGCCUGGAUGAAAUCGAUCUCUCGGCUCUGAGGGACCCUGCAGGGAUCUUUGAAUUGGUGGAACUUGUUGGAAAUGGAACGUACGGGCAAGUGUACAAGGGUCGUCAUGUUAAAACAGGCCAGCUUGCAGCCAUUAAGGUCAUGGAUGUUACAGGGGAUGAAGAGGAAGAAAUCAAGCAAGAAAUUAACAUGUUAAAGAAGUAUUCUCAUCACCGGAACAUCGCUACAUACUAUGGUGCUUUUAUCAAGAAGAACCCUCCAGGCAUGGAUGACCAGCUCUGGCUGGUGAUGGAGUUCUGUGGUGCCGGCUCUGUCACUGACCUGAUCAAGAACACAAAAGGCAACACACUGAAAGAAGAGUGGAUCGCGUACAUCUGCAGGGAGAUCUUACGGGGCCUGAGUCACCUGCACCAGCACAAAGUGAUUCAUCGAGAUAUUAAAGGGCAAAAUGUUUUGCUGACCGAAAAUGCAGAAGUAAAACUAGUGGACUUUGGCGUGAGUGCGCAGCUGGACCGCACAGUGGGCAGGAGGAACACCUUCAUCGGGACCCCGUACUGGAUGGCACCAGAGGUCAUUGCCUGUGAUGAGAACCCAGAUGCCACGUAUGAUUUCAAAAGUGACUUGUGGUCGCUGGGGAUCACGGCCAUCGAGAUGGCAGAGGGCGCCCCCCCCCUGUGCGACAUGCACCCCAUGCGUGCCCUCUUCCUCAUCCCCCGCAAUCCAGCGCCCCGGCUGAAGUCCAAGAAGUGGUCUAAGAAAUUCCAGUCAUUUAUCGAGAGCUGCCUGGUAAAGAAUCACAGCCAGCGACCAGCAACUGAACAGUUGAUGAAACAUCCGUUUAUCCGUGACCAACCUAACGAGAGACAGGUCCGCAUUCAACUCAAGGACCACAUCGACAGAACAAAGAAGAAGCGAGGAGAAAAAGAUGAGACGGAGUACGAGUACAGCGGAAGUGAGGAGGAAGAGGAGGAGAACGACUCAGGAGAGCCCAGCUCCAUCCUGAACCUGCCAGGAGAGUCCACCCUGCGGCGGGACUUCCUGAGGCUGCAGCUGGCCAACAAGGAGCGCUCCGAGGCGCUGCGGCGCCAGCAGCUGGAGCAGCAGCAGCGGGAGAACGAGGAGCACAAGCGGCAGCUGCUGGCUGAGCGCCAGAAGCGCAUCGAGGAGCAGAAGGAGCAGCGUCGGAGGCUGGAGGAGCAACAAAGGCGGGAGAAGGAGCUUCGGAAGCAGCAAGAGAGGGAGCAGCGCAGGCACUACGAGGAGCAGAUGCGCCGGGAGGAGGAGAGGAGGCGCGCUGAGCAUGAGCAGGAAUACAUCAGGCGACAGUUAGAGGAGGAGCAAAGACAGUUAGAGAUCUUACAGCAGCAGCUACUGCAUGAACAAGCUCUACUUCUGGAAUAUAAGCGCAAACAACUGGAAGAACAGAGACAAGCAGAAAGGCUGCAGAGACAACUAAAGCAAGAGAGGGACUAUUUGGUGUCCCUUCAGCAUCAGCGGCAGGAGCAGAGGCCCCUGGAGAAGAAGCCACUGUACCAUUACAAAGAGGGGAUGAGUCCCAGUGAGAAGCCUGCCUGGGCCAAGGAGGUAGAAGAGCGGUCAAGACUGAACCGGCAGAGCUCUCCUGCCAUGCCACACAAGGUUGCCAACAGGAUAUCUGACCCCAACUUGCCCCCAAGGUCGGAAUCCUUUAGCAUUAGUGGAGUCCAGCCUGCUCGGACACCACCCAUGCUCAGGCCUAUGGACCCCCAGAUCCCCCAGCUGGUAUCUGUGAAAUCGCAGGGACCUGCCUUGACCGCCUCCCAGUCAGUGCAUGAGCAGCCCACAAAGGGCCUGUCUGGGUUUCAGGAGGCUCUGAACGUGACCUCUCACCGUGUAGAGAUGCCGCGCCAGAACUCUGAUCCCACCUCUGAAAACCCUCCUCUCCCCACUCGCAUUGAGAAGUUUGACCGAAGUUCUUGGUUACGACAGGAAGAAGACAUUCCACCAAAGGUGCCUCAAAGAACAACUUCUAUAUCCCCAGCAUUAGCCAGAAAGAAUUCUCCUGGGAAUGGUAGUGCUCUGGGACCCAGACUAGGAUCUCAGCCCAUCAGAGCAAGCAACCCUGACCUCCGGAGGACAGAGCCCAUCUUGGAGAGCCCCUUGCAGAGGACCAGCAGUGGCAGUUCCUCCAGCUCCAGCACACCCAGCUCCCAGCCCAGCUCCCAGGGAGGCUCUCAGCCUGGGUCACAGGCAGGAUCCAGUGAAAGAACCAGAGUUCGAGCCAACAGUAAGUCGGAAGGGUCACCUGUACUCCCACAUGAGCCUUCCAAGGUGAAACCAGAAGAAUCCAGGGACAUUACCCGGCCCAGUCGACCAGCUAGCUAUAAGAAAGCUAUAGAUGAGGAUCUGACGGCAUUAGCCAAAGAAUUAAGAGAACUCCGGAUUGAAGAAACAAACCGUCCACUGAAGAAAGUGACAGAUUACUCUUCCUCCAGUGAAGAGUCAGAGAGUAGUGAAGAAGAGGAGGAAGAUGGAGAAAGUGAGACUCAAGAUGGGACAGUGGCUGUCAGCGACAUACCCAGACUGAUACCAACAGGAGCUCCAGGGAGCAAUGAGCAGUACAGUGUGGGCAUGGUGGGGACCCACGGGCUGGAGACCUCUCACACGGACACUUUCAGCAGCAGUCUUUCACGAGAAGGAACCUUGAUGAUUAGAGAGACAGCUGGAGAGAAGAAGCGAUCUGGCCAUAGUGACAGCAAUGGCUUUGCUGGCCACAUCAACCUCCCAGACCUGGUACAGCAGAGCCAUUCCCCAGCUGGUACACCAACAGAGGGCCUGGGGCGUGUUUCUUCCCAUUCCCAGGAAAUGGACUCGGGGACCGAGUAUGGCAUGGGCAGCAGCACCAAAGCCUCCUUCACCCCCUUUGUGGACCCCAGAGUAUACCAGACAUCUCCCACUGAUGAAGAUGAAGAGGAUGAAGAAUCAUCAGCUGCAGGAACCCAGAAGUAUCCAGGGGCACUAGGAAAAGCUGUUCCUCAACGAUCUCCGAACUUACCACAUAUUUCCCAAAAACAAUUUCUGGCUCUGUUUACUAGCGAACUCCUUAGGCAAGAACAGGCCAAACUCAAUGAAGCAAGGAAGAUUUCAGUGGUAAACGUAAACCCAACCAACAUUCGGCCUCAUAGCGAUACACCGGAAAUCAGAAAAUACAAGAAAAGAUUCAACUCAGAAAUACUUUGUGCAGCUUUGUGGGGUGUAAACCUUCUGGUGGGAACUGAAAAUGGCCUCAUGCUUUUGGACCGAAGUGGGCAAGGCAAAGUCUAUAACCUGAUCAACCGGAGGCGAUUUCAGCAGAUGGAUGUGCUUGAAGGACUAAAUGUUCUUGUGACCAUAUCAGGAAAGAAAAAUAAGCUACGUGUCUACUAUCUUUCAUGGUUAAGAAAUAGAAUACUUCACAAUGACCCAGAAGUGGAGAAGAAACAAGGCUGGAUCACUGUUGGGGACUUGGAAGGCUGUAUCCAUUACAAAGUUGUUAAAUAUGAAAGGAUCAAAUUCUUGGUAAUUGCCUUAAAGAAUGCUGUGGAAAUAUAUGCCUGGGCUCCUAAACCAUAUCACAAGUUCAUGGCAUUUAAGUCUUUUGCAGAUCUCCAGCACAAGCCUCUGCUAGUUGAUCUCACUGUAGAAGAAGGUCAAAGAUUAAAGGUUAUUUUUGGCUCACACACUGGUUUCCAUGUAAUUGAUGUUGAUUCGGGAAACUCCUAUGAUAUCUAUAUACCAUCUCAUAUUCAGGGCAAUAUCACUCCUCAUGCUAUUGUCAUCUUGCCUAAAACAGAUGGAAUGGAAAUGCUUGUUUGCUAUGAGGAUGAGGGGGUAUAUGUGAACACCUAUGGCCGGAUAACAAAGGAUGUGGUGCUCCAAUGGGGAGAAAUGCCCACGUCUGUGGCCUACAUUCAUUCCAAUCAGAUAAUGGGCUGGGGCGAGAAAGCUAUUGAGAUCCGGUCAGUGGAAACAGGACAUUUGGAUGGAGUAUUUAUGCAUAAGCGAGCUCAAAGGUUAAAGUUUCUAUGUGAAAGAAAUGAUAAGGUAUUUUUUGCAUCCGUGCGAUCUGGAGGAAGUAGCCAAGUGUUUUUCAUGACCCUCAACAGAAAUUCCAUGAUGAACUGGUAACAGAAGAGCACUUGGCACUUAUCUUCAUGGCGUUAUUUCUAAUGUAAAAGAACAUAACUCAUGUGGACUUAUGCCAGUCUAGAGGCAGAAUCAGAAGGCUUGGUUGAACAUACUGCUUUCCCUUUUCCUGUCCCUCCACCCUUCCCAAUGCAGUCCAUCUUUCAGUGUUGCAGCCUGGUUGAGAAGGAGAAAAAAAGUUGGCAGGAAUGUCUGGGAGAUCCCCAAGGAUGCUGCGUUGUCUGUGGACAGAGAUGGACCAUGUGCCCUUCAAAGUUAGGGAUAGAAACAAAUAUUGUGUGCUCUUAUGAUUAAGCUGUGUUAUGGUGGCUUUUGAGUUUUGUUUUGACCUUUUUUCCUUUACCCCCUAACUUUGUAAGAAUGGGGAGAGAACGCAUACUGAGAAAAUGAGUCUGUCUUUAAUUCUGUCUGCCUGCUAGUUUUAAGUAUAUGGUAUGUUGUAAAAUUUCUAAUUUCUGAUGGUGAGAGACAGCACAAUAAAUGUACCUAAUCUCCUUACAAUGAAGGCCAUAACAACAUUAGUGGGGUGAUUUAAGAACUCUUUUGCCUUCACCAACCCCAGGUUGCUUUUUGAUAGCAACUGGCUAAUGAAUUUUUAAGAGAAGAAAAAUACUAGUUUUCCCCUCUUUUGGGAAAUAGAUUUUAAAUGGCUAAACUACUAGCCUUAGUCUAAUAAAAUCAACUACUGCUUUGUGAGUACAACUGGCCAUAUUUUCCUAUGGUCUUUAUAGAAUGAAGUGCUGAGUGGGAUAAAAACCCAGCGAGUGGAGUGGGCCUAGAGAUUGAGGAUGCUGUGAUGCAAAUUCCCUCAGCCAUUAUGCAACAGAUCAGGGCAGCAGAUGGGAAAGACAGAUCAGGCCAGACAGAAAGAGCUUCUGGGAAACAAGCUUAGACAUCUAUGUAAAUAUACACACCUCCUUUUUUUAAAAUGCACAAAGCCUCCCAGUUAAGAGGUCACUUGAUUUGAGCUUAGCUAGAACUGAGAUUAAUGAGUUCUUUCUGGGAACUGGGGAAUGCAUGACAUCCAGGCUCUGGACAUUCCCAGCUCUCUCCUGAGGGUGCCACUUUCUCAAGAUGAAAACUGUGACCGCAAAGAAUUACUAAAGAAAGCUGCCCAUGCUCUCCCUGGUUGGGCAAGAAAAGAAGCUACAGUACUAAGCCUGCCUGAGACACAGUGGCAUCGUUGGCUCAGAUUUUAGAGAACUUGAAAGCAAGGCUUUGGCCAAAAUUCUGAGACCCUAAUCACUUUACCUUCCUUCAAAUUUCCCAACAUACAGUAAACAACAUCCGUGCAAAGAUAAGUAUGUAUUUAGUUCAGGUUGACUUGUGUCUUUAUAAACUCUUAUUCGAAUGAUUUGAACUUUUACGUGACUGUCUGGGAUUUUUUUCCAAAGCUACAAGCAUGGCCGCCUGUGGUAUCAAGGUGUUGCAAAACAAUAUCUGUGUUACGCUUCCUGUUUUAACCUACCUCGUUUUGUUUGUUUUUGUUCACUGUUCAUCACAGCAGUGUUAUCUCCAGGAGACAUAUAGAGAGCUCAACUGGCAAUCUCAGGUGUAUUUAAUAUUUAAAAAAAAAAACAGUAGUUGACUAAAUUGUUCUUUAAAAAAAAAUGAGGGGAAAAAAUCCAAGGACAGAAACCAAUAUGCUUGUUUUUGGGAGAAAGCAAAUAUUGUAAAUGAAUUUUUAAAAAUAAAUAAAACCUAUGAUCCUGUGGAUUUUGUCUAAAUACAUGAGCAGCUGAUAUACUAUUAAUGAGAACGAAGCCUACAUUAGGAAAAAAUGGGGCCAUUUCAAUCUGGUAGUUUGGGCAAGAGGGGAGGGAAGAGGGAUAUUCUAGGUUCUGGACUAAAUGAUUAUGUCCUCCCUUCCCAAAAGGUGGCUGUCAUUUGCAUUCAUUUUAAGCAGGUAACACCCAGGAAUGAAACAGGAUUUUCUUAAGGUGACACCAAGAUGUCCCCAUCACAUUCCCUUUAGCUCUCAAAAGUAAUGAAAUCCUCCCGUUCUCAUUUUUACUGCUGUGGUGAUGCUGCUGAACAAUGCUAUCUCUACAAUUUUCAUGCAACAAAUUCAACAAUAAAACUUUGGAUUGAAUCUAGCAACUACUGUAAUUGAAUGCCAACACGGACAAAAUAUAUUAUUUGGGUCUUGUCUCCAAAUGUGAUUGCCACCAGCUCUUUAUAUUGCUGCUGUGGUAUUUUAAAUCAGAAGCUUCUUGAAAUUAUGUUGCAAACUGAUCUUUGUUUUUAUGUUUCAUAUUGUUGUUGUUCUUUUUAUUUCUAAGUGAUAAGUUUGAAACACACAGCUUUAAAUGAUUUUUUUAUUGUGGGAUUUUUGGGUACAGUUAAGAAAUAAAAGGGAUUCAUUGUGUUUAAACAUAAGGUAGUUUGUGAAUGUAUUUUUUAAAACCUAGAUUCACUGAAACAAAAAGAUCAUAAGAAAAACUAUAAUGCAGUCUUGUUUACAGUAUGUACAGUGACAUAACAUAGAACAUGAGCUUUUCUGGUGCCAACAAAAAUAAAACACAGAUGUUAAACAUCAA